AUGUCCUUCUCCAGCAAUCAGCCCCUUCUGAACGAUGUGUCUAAAGCCCGGCCCCGGCCGGCUCAGCCCGCCCGUCCGCAGCAGCCCCUGGACCCCCGCCAGCGAGGAUGGGCGUGGGCCCCGGCGGCCACCGCCCGCCAACCCUGGCUCCCGAAAAGAGUGGGCCCCACCCGCUACGCCCGCCGCGGACCUACCUGCAGGGGAGAGCGGGGCUCCUGGACUGCGGCCACGGGCCCGAGAGCGGGCGCCGAGGCGGCCGGAGCCCGUACCAGGGACCCCAAGUAUCCCUGGCUGGGCAGGGCAGGGAGAAGCGCUGGGGGGCUGCCGCGGGCCAGCGCGGCUGGUCGCGGGGGUCGCGGGGACCUGGCUCUCCCCUUAGCACCAGGCCACCGCCGCUGCCGCCAUUUUGCCUUCCACUCCGUGUCGCCGCCGCAGCACUCCGCGGCAGGUUUCCCGGAUGUGGGCAUUUCCCGGCGUCGCUUGCGCGGGGGCCGAGGACUGGGGGCUUCUGCCCGCCCGGCGGCCGGGAGCGAGCGCGCUGCCUGCGGCCUCCUGCGCGCGACUUCCGCCGGCACUUCUGGGUGUCGGUGUCAGCCGCGUCGCUCCCGCGUUUCGCUGCCCAGAUGACACACGCUCCGUUAGUGGAGUCGGGCUCUUCCCCACCCAAGCCCACUCCUGGAUUUCAUUCUCUUUCUUUCAAUUGAGCUUUUGCUCUGAACGGGUAUAGAAUAAAGAUACGCGUGUCCAGGAGCUUAAUUCUCAGAAGGGAACAGCAACGAGUCGCUCUCUGGUACCUCGCGGUGGACAUCAGAUACAGGAUUUCUAGAGGCUUGGAAGUAAACUUUGAUGCUUGCUUAAUGCCCUUUCCCCGAGUAAGUCUGUGAGCGAAAGCAUAUAUGUAUUCUCCGAACAAGCCAAAUAACACGUUCCUAGAGCCGGGACAGAUUAAUAAACAUAUUUUAGAGACCUUUAUCUGCCACCAGUAUCAGUACAAGAGGAGGUCAUUAUUGUCCUAAUAGGAAUAACAGUGACCAGUGGUGAGAAGUUUUAUUUCCUGUUAAGUUGAAUCGGAAGCUUGGAAUGGGAUCAUUGGAGGUACCCUCCAUCCUUUGUAAGGAAGCACUUUGCCAGUUCUGCCUCUAGAAAAUAAAUAGUUAGCAUUUUCAAGUACCUCCUUUCAUCAUUUUUCUACUAAAGGCUAACUAAAAAAAAAAAAAAAAAAUUUUUUUUUAAUUGAAGGCUUCUUUUUCUGAUGUUAUAUGAAUGACUGGCCAGUGUAUCCGGAAGUUCAAAUGAGGAAACCUUUGUUGAAAGAAAAGAUUACAUUCCAAGAGCCCUUCUAAACUGUAAGCUCCAUGAAGGUAGGAAUAUCUGUUCUGCAGAUUGCUCUCUUCUUAGCACCAAUUACAGCCUCACAAAUGGUAGAUCUUCAGUAGAUAUUCAACUGAAAUCUGAAUUCAGUUUUAAAUGGCGAAAAAAUUUUUCCACGGUUAUCACAACCUAGACAUCUGUAUCUACAUUGUUGGUCGCAAUAUUUAUCUUUCUUUAAAUACUUUUAUCCCUGUUAUCUUACAGUAUCUUUUGUAGCUAUUGUCAGUGCCUCAGUUUUUUUUGAAGUUACCUGUUCACCAAAUCUUGACCUCAUUGUCUUGUGUAAGUAUAGCUGCCAGCUCUUGCCUGCCCUCUAUAUUUGGGUCUCUACCUCUCCAUUCCCAAGUUCUUUGUCCGGUGCCCCCAUGUCCAGUGUUCUAGAUUACUACUUUUGCUGUCUGCUCUGCCUGAAUAAUCACCCAUAAACUUCUGCAUGUUGGCCUCAUGCCCACUGUUGACCCCCUGACUUGCUGCUCUUUGUCUGCAUGAUAGUCAUAGCAGCUAACCUUUAUUGGUAGCUUUCUACAUACUAGCCACUAAGCUCAGCACUUUCACAUAGCAAUUAAAUGAGGAAACCCAGACAUGAGUUCAGGCAGUCUGACUCCAGUGCCAACUCCAGUGCCUCCUAACCACCUUUCUGUACUGCUGCAACUUCUAAUCUGAGCUUUUCUCUUUGCUUGCAUGGUCCACAGUAACCUUGUUUUCCUUAUUGGCUCUGAACUAUACCUCUUUGCCAGACCCUGCUGCUG